CACUGUGACGUCAUCUUCCUCCAGUUGUUGUUAGCUUACUUGCUAAAGAGGCUAUAUUUAUCAGCAGCAUCUAACGCGCGCAGCUGGAUCGCUGUCGGUGCAGCGUCUGUGUUUCUUCCCGUCGCCAUGGACGACGAGUAUUACGGAGGAGCGGGAGACUGGGAAAGCUCGGAGGGACCGCUGGAGGAUGGUUACGAUGAAGAAAACGAUGGGAAAGUUCAGGAGGACUGUCUGCAGAAAUUCUCCAGCAGGGAUUACAUCAUGGAGCCCGCAAUAUUCAACACCCUCAAAAGAUAUUUCCAAGCAGGUGGAUCUCCAGAACACGUGAUCCAGCUUCUCUCUGAGAACUACUCCGCUGUUGCACAGACCGUUAAUCUGCUGGCCGAGUGGCUCAUUCAGAUGGGUGUAGAACCAGCUCAGGUCCAGGAGCGAGUAGAAAAUCACCUGAAGAGUCUCCUGAUAAAACACUUCGACCCUCAGAAAGCAGAUUCCAUCUUCACUGUGGAAGGAGAGACUCCUGCUUGGCUCGAACAGAUGAUAGCGCACACGACGUGGAGGGAUCUCUUCUAUAAGCUGGCAGAGGCUCAUCCUGACUGCCUGAUGCUCAAUUUCACUGUCAAGCUCAUCUCUGAUGCAGGUUAUCAGGGAGAGAUCACCAGUGUCUCCACAGCGUGUCAGCAGCUGGAGGUGUUCUCCCGCGUGCUCAGGACGUCUUUAGCCACGCUGCUGGACGGAGGAGAAGAAAACCUGGAGAAAAACCUGCCAGAGUUCGCCAAAAUGGUGUGUCACGGGGAGCACACGUACCUGUUUGCCCAGGCCAUGAUGUCCAUCCUGGCCCAGGAGGAGCAGGGCGGUUCAGCCGUUCGCCGGAUCAGCCAGGAGGUCCAGAAGUCUGCACACGCCAGGGGCCACGACGCCAGCCAGAUAACCCUCGCUCUUGGCACGGCGGCGGCCUACCCCCGGGCCUGCCAGGCUCUGGGCGCCAUGCUGUCUAAGGGAGCCCUGAACCCGGCCGACAUCACCGUUCUCUUCAAGAUGUUCAGCAGCAUGGACCCUCCUCCUGUGGAGCUGAUCAGGGUGCCUGCCUUUUUGGACCUUUUCAUGCAGUCGCUCUUUAAGCCCGGAUCAAAAAUUAACCAGGACCAUAAACACAAAUACAUCCACAUCUUGGCCUACGCUGCCAGUGUGGUUGAGACGUGGAAGAAGAACAAGCGCGUCAACAUCAAUAAAGACGAGUUGAAGUCAACGUCCAAGGCCAUUGAGACUGUGCACAACCUCUGCUGCAACGAGAACAAAGGAGCGACGGAGCUGGUGGCUGAACUCGGCACUUUAUACCAGUGCAUCCGGUUUCCGGUGGUCGCCAUGGGAGUUUUAAAGUGGGUGGACUGGACCGUUUCCGAGCCCAGCUACUUCCAGCUCCAGACAGACCACACCCCGGUGCAUUUAGCCUUACUGGAUGAGAUCUGCACGUGCCACCAGCUGCUGCACCCGCAGGUCCUGCAGCUGCUCAUCAAGCUCUUUGAGACGGAGCACUCCCAGCUGGACGUCAUGGAGCAGCUGGAGCUGAAGAAGACUCUGCUGGACCGGAUGGUUCAUCUCCUGAGCCGCGGCUACGUCCUGCCCGUCGUCAGCUACAUUCGCAAGUGUCAGGAGAAACUCAACACAGACAUCUCCCUCAUCAGAUACUUCGUCACUGAGGUGCUGGAUGUGAUUGCACCUCCCUACACGUCAGACUUCGUGCAGCUCUUUUUACCCAUCUUGGAGAACGACAGCAUCGCAGGAACGAUCCGCACAGAAGGAGAACACGACCCGGUUGCCGAGUUCAUUGCUCAUUGCAAGUCGAACUUCAUUAUGAUUAACUGAGGUGGAGGUCAUGCUGAGAAUGUCAAAGGAGACGGACUCCAGGGAUUGGCUUCAGGCUCUGAAAUGGACUUUUCCAGGAGGUGAUAAAGGCAGCAGGUCAGGCUGUGAGCCGGCCGGACAGCCACGGUUCAAGGAGAGGCGUCUGAAGAUGCAGCUAAAUGCCCCCCCCCCCCCCUCUACAUGUAUAUUUUUGUGUUUUCCAUGUUCAUGCUUUUUUAUAAUAAAAUGUUUAAUCUAUUUAAUUUUCUGACUAAAAACCCCAAAUGGAGAAAAUCAUCAUCCAUUUAUGCUGGAACAAAAUAAAAGAUGCUAAAUGUUAA